AGUCGGCAGUCGCGCUCUACGUCGCAUGCCGUUUGGACGUCGGUGCCUCCCCCGUGCCACCGAGUGAUCACUUCACUUUUGGCGGGUAUUCGCACGGACGCGGGCAAACGUGACGUGAAUCGGAAUGCGCGCGUGUUGUCAACGCGCCCGACUCGCCGCUCGCAGUGAAAUCUGUGACUCGGAACACUUGGAUUGCAGUGUUGGAUUGUUGUAUGGAAUAGUGCUGCUCCGUGGCGUUUUUUGUACAUAAAAGGAUUGUGUUUCGGCUGAUGAAUGUUUCCAUCCCGAGGAAAAUGUUCGUACGCGGUGUAGAUUAAGUGACUGAUAAGAUUAUGCGAAAAGUGCAAAAAGUUGGAUUUAUCGUUUUGUGAUUGUGUGUGUUCAGUAACGUUUUCAAGAUUUCGUUCAGUGGUAACAAGGGCACAAGGAUUGACGGUGCGACAGCACGUAAUAUGCAUAUGUGCUAUGAGAGGCCGGGCGUGGUCACCACCUUGAACGGGGGUGUUGGGUACGACAAGUGGGACCGGGGCGGGGGCGGGGGCGGGGGCGGCGGCGGCGCGGGCGGCGCGUGGCCGGCGCGCGAGCACGACGCGCGCGCCGCCGAGCCGCGGGAGGCGCGCGACCGCGAGCGCGAGCGCGACCGCGAGCGCGAGCGGCAGGCGCGCGCGCACCAGAUGUCCAACGCGCGCCCCGCCGAGCCCGAGACCUCGUCGCUCUUCCCCGCGCCUUUUAGGGUGUCCGGUGACAGGGACCACGUGACCCAGCAGAUCCAGACAAAGCUGGGCGACUACCGUCUAGCGCAGACGCUGAUCGAGGACCCCAGCAAGUCGAUCGGCAUCUGCGCCGAGCCCGCCAGCCCCGCGCCCUGUCACCCAUCCAGACGUGAGAACGAGUUCAAGAAGCCUGUACACGCUCUCAAUGGCCGGGUCCACCAUCGACCGUACCCUUUCAAUAAGACCGAGGGGCUCACUUCGGGUACGGUCCCGCACCGACCGCCUCCUUUACGGAUGCCGAAUGGGGUCCAAUCACAAAAUACCAUCGACAGCAGCAGUCAGCCUCCCAUAGAAAGUAUAUUAAAGGAAAUGAAGUCACUCCCCACCCCGCUGUCGGUGAUUGCGGCCACGCCGAGGAAGGAGCUGGAGAACAAGUUCAUCUUCAACGACUUCACCAAUAGGGUGCAGGAGAACCCGCAGCUGACCAACGAUCUCAAACAACCCCUAACCAAACCCGGUUUAGACAACCGGAUAUCAAACUCAAGGAGUUCUGUCUCGCCGGACGUGGUCAAUAACCUGAGGCUGUCUGAGAGUGACGAUGAGGUGGCUGCCACCACGACUUUAGAACCAAUCCUUUCACCAAUCGGUGGCAGUCCGAGUUCUGGCAGCGAGUCGUCCCCAUCAGACUCUGAUGACACGGAGUCAUCGUCGGGGGAGUCGACUGCCGGCGCCGCGCCGCCCACCGCGCCGACGCCGCCCAACCCUCAGCCAGCGGUCCCGCCCUGCCUCAGCUCCUGGGGCCUGAGGAACUUCGUGCCGCCCGCAGCGCAACCGCCAGACCAUGCGGACCUUAGCAACGUCCUCGCUGUCGCCAAGGAGAAGCCGAGUCCAAUAUCGGAGCUGUCGGACUCGGAGGCGUCGUCGCCGUCGCCGGGCGCGCGCCGCCGCCGCUCGCAGGCCGCGCGCCGCAUGUCGGCCGCCUCCAGCGACGACGAGGGCCCCCGACCGGCGCCGGUUCGGACCCAGCCUUCGCCCUCCGUAAGUGCGGCCAACAGCUCCCAAAGCUCGGGAGUCAAACGUGGCAGGCCCCCUAAAGGAACCCCUCGAACGCCUGAAGAGAUGCCCCCCAAGAAGAAGAGGGGCCGGCCCCCCAAGACGAGGCCCCCGUCCCCCGCGCCGGACAGCGAGCCCGAGCCGGAGACCCCGCAACACAACCCCAUGCAAGGCACUAAGACGCACAUAUUCCGCAAGGUAUUCACUCAAAGACUUAAAGACGAAGGCGGCGGGAAAGGCGGCAAAGGAGGCAAGGGGAAAGGUGGAAAGGGCAAAGGUCAAGUGACGAUCAUCGAAGCGACGCCAGUGUCCAUCGUAGAUGACGACGACCGCAGGGUCAGGGACCGCUCGGUCGAGAGACGGAACGAGGAGGCCAUCGCCCGGGUCUCGCCGCCCCAGGAACCGGAGCCGAUCACCAGGAAACGGGAAGAACGGAUGACCAACGAGAGGAUACAGGAGAGAGCCUCCAAAGGCCCCGGACACCGCCGCUCCGCCGACAGAAUACCCGACAGACCGACGGAAAGAACCUCAAACGACCGGAUACCGGACAGAACCGAUCGGUUCCCGGAACGACAGUCCAGCGACCGGUUACCACCCGACCGACUGUCCACCGACCGGUUGCAAGACAGACUGUCUUCCGACCGACUGUCGUCAGACAGGUUGUCGGAUCGGUCGUCUCUCUCGUCGUCGGAACGGAAAUCCAGCGACCGGUUGUCGGGAGAAAAGAUGUUGGAGCGGAUACAAAGUGACAAACUGUCGAUCGAGCGGAUACCGAGCGAGAAGUUUGAUCGGUUGUCGAGUGAUAAAUUGUCACACGAUAGACUGUCGAGUGAGAAACUGUCGCACGAGCGGUUGUCGAGUGACAAGUUAUCGCACGAUCGCUCGUCGAACGAUAUACUUUCGCACGAGCGAUUGUCGAGUGACAAACUUUCUCACGACCGGCUAUCAAUAGAGAAAUUGACCCACGAGCGUUUAUCGAGUGACAAAAUCAGCCACGAGCGAUUAUCAAACGAAAAGAUCGGUCACGAUCGGAUAUCGAACGAAAAGAUCGGUCACGAUCGGAUAUCGAACGAGAAGAUCGGUCACGAUCGGUUACUGGCUGAGAAACCUGGACACGAGCGAUUAGCAAGUGAUAAAAUUGGGCACGAGAGGUUGUCGGGUGAUAAGUUGUCGAUAGACCGGUUGCCGGGGGACAAGUUGGAGAGGGUGGAAAGGAUCGCACCAGAACGGUACAUUCGGGCUGAGGCUGACGUUGGCUUCGUGGCUACUUUAAACGGCGAGCGCGUGUCCCGCGGGCGCGCCCAGUGCACGGUGCGCAUCCCGCUGUCGCGCCUGCGCCCCGAGACGCUGCGCGCGCUGCAGCGCCCCGCGCGCCGCCCCAAGCCGCCCCCGCCCACGCCGCCCACGCCGCCCAUCGAACAUUCGCUGGAGGGCGCGGGCUCGGCGCUGGCGGCGCUGGAGAGACGCGGGGGCCGCACGCCCAUCUACUACUCGUACUUCGAGCGCCUGCCCGCCGACGCGCUCACGGAUGAGGAGCGAGACCACAAGUACUACCUCACAGAAGCCAAACGCCUGCGCACGGCGGCGGAGCGCGAGCAGGAGCCUCUGUCGCGCGUCAUGUUGUACCUGGAGUCCGUGCUGUGCUUCGUGCUGACCGGCCGCGUGCUGGAGCUGGAGCUGGACACCAAGAAGGCGUUCACCAUCUACCGCGAGACCAUCGAGUACAUCAAGUCGAUACACUCGAUGCCGCAGCGGUUCCGCGCGUCGCCUCACUCCACCUUCAGCAAACUGGACAUCCUCAGCCUCCGAGUGCAAGCUCUGCUAUACCUGCGGAUGUUCAAGAUGUACAAUCGGGAAGUGAAGGAGUACAACAAGAUCGUACAGGAGUAUCAGCAGAAGCCCGCGUGUGCUGAGGCGCUGCCUGGCGGCGCGGCGGCGGCGUCGUCGGCGCGCUCGGCGUCGCCCAUGUCGCCGUCGCCCUCCCCUGCAGGGUCCGUCGGCUCCGGCUCCGGGUCCGGCUCCUCGGGCUACUGCUCGCUGCCGCACGCGCCCGGCGCCGCGCCCUACUGCAGCAUGGUGCACGCGGUGCCGGUGCACGCGCACAACGCGCUGCUGCAGCUCACCAAGUACUACACGUUCCUGUACGUGGCGCACGACCUGUGGGAGCAGGCCGACUGCCUGUGUCGGCUGCGCGCGAACCAAGAUCUGUUCAUAGCAGUUGACCGCAAGUGCGGCCCGCUGUCCCUGUCGUCGACGUUCCGCCAUCUUGUACAGUACGUGCGCCACGCGAUAUCGCUGCUCAAGAACGCGCCGCGCGAGUGACCGCGCGCCUGGCGCCCACAGCAGCGAGCGCUAUAGACGCGUACUGGUACUCUGUGCACCCAGUGACGCGUACAGGUACUCUGUGUGCAGUGACUCGGGAAGUGACAGUGGGUGGUGAUACUUCGAUUCAUUAGUUUCCGCUUCACGACGGUUUCGAUUCCACAUGAUGACUCGGGAAGUGACAGUUGGUGGAUGCGGUGGUGACACCUGGUGAUUUGAUAGUUUUCGAUUCGUUCGAUUCGAUGGAUUCGAUUAUGGACAGCGUGAACGCAAUGUUGCGUUUCAGUUUUAUCUCUUCUUGCGUCUAAACCGUCCAUUCACAAGACGCAAGUUUUACUAUUCGUAGAGAGUUUCAAUCAUUAUUAACUGACAUAUUGAACUUUUCAAGACUGUUUCUAUUGAACAGGUUCUAUUAGAAUUUAAAGUAAUUUUGUAUAAUAUUAAAAUAGAUCAAUCACAUCACGUGAAAUGUGAAUUAAACUUUGGUUUAUGCCACGACACUUAAACACACUGAAACCCUGACGGAUUUGUGUGACUUUAUCUAUUUCAGUAUUAUAAAACAGGGUGUGGUAAUAUUUAAGGCCACAUUUUUUUUGGAGUAUGUGACGAUGGACUUAUUAUAUCAUAACAUCAGAUCGAACAGAAAAAUAAAUUAAACUAGAUUAGUUUUUCAAGUAUACGUAAACUUAAUUUAGAAGCACUUUUGAAUCGUCAAGUUUGUCUGUUUGUAGUGAUUAUUAUUAAAAGCUAAGCAGGCAGAUAAAGAACACAAUCGCGAGAUAGAGUUGAAAACGCACUUUGGCGUUCACGCACGAACCUCAUUGAAAUGGAUGUAAAAUUCAGGAAUGAUUAUUUUAUUAGACUGUGUUACUAUCGCAUCUGCGAAAAAUUCCACCUCAAUUCCGAAAUUACUUCAAUAUGACACGCUCUAAUAAUUUAGUGGCAAUAUUCAUCUCCGAAUUUCGCACCUAUAACAUAAGAAGGGUUUUAUAAUGUAAUGUAUGUAAAGAUAUAAGAGAUUAUGGAAACGAAAUGAGGCAUUAUAAUGAGGCAUAAGCAACUCUUAAACAUUGCGUCUUAAUAAUCAAAAUGAGAUUAUAGUGAUUUUAUACGAGAGUAGGGACUCAUUGAGGCAAGGGAAUGUGAGCGCACAUUUCUCUUAUAUAACGUGUUCGAGGAAUAAGGUUUUACAUCACGAUAUUUAAUAAACAUGUCAAUAAGACAGACUCCUACAUACGUAUUAAACAACACAGAAAACGUAUUUGAAAAUCUGAAAAAAGGACAAUAAUUCGUAUCACGAAGUCCACAUUUUCAGCAACACGACAAACUACUUUUUUAUGCAAGUUCUAAUACUUCCAAUGAAACUUGGUUCGCAAAUUUUAUCUAUAGGAUUUCACUAUUUAAUCGUUUUUUGGACUAAUUUAGCCUAAGAUUUUAACUUUAAAUCACGCAUUCAUUUCGACUAAUCCCUUUAUUUCGAAGGUAUGAACAAUCAUGAUUUAUCAUUUAUACUUAUUACAUUGGUAAUUUAGUUUCGAAAAUAGAUGUAACUCUUAUUUUUCUAUUUCAUUGGUGAAUGUUUAAAUAAUAUUUUUUUUUUUUUAUUAUUCUUUAGUAAUUUUAAAAGCAAUUCAAUAUUUUAACGGUCUAUUUUAUAAUGAACGAACACAUUUUUUUAUAAAACCACAUUUUUUUGAUUUCUCAAUAUAUUUUUUUUAUUUGUAUUUAUAUUGAAUAUAUACGGACAAAAAUAGUUUAUUGAACUUGAAUACACCAUUCUUGAAUGAACUUAAAUCCGCUUAGCAUAUCUACUUUUCGCUAGGAAUGUAAUAAAAAAUGUUAUUGAAGAUCACACAAGAAGAUCUAAAAGUAAACAAGUACUGCGUAUUAAGACAUACAAUAUGGUUAGAACUCACUUAGAUACACAGAAUAUUGUAGACGCAAUUUUGAAAACGCAAAAUAAAGAGAAAGAAAUUGGGGAAAACAUCGGGCGGAAUAUUUAAUAUUUUGGUUAGUUGAGAAAUAUUAAUUAUCGGAGCGGUUUAAAAUCUUAAAGUGACACUGGAGUCUUGUUGAUUAGUCAAUUUUGUAUGAAACUGUCAAUUUACAGUUGGCCGUCCAUACAAAUUGACUGUGACACGUUAGCUUACGUCAUAUUAGUGAUUCCACCAAAAUUGUGCAUUAAAAAAUUUGUGUCACCUGUGUGUGUGUGUGAAGUUAAUACCGAUCGCUCACCGGACGAUAAGUAAAGAGUACCUUGAAAACCGAGCAUCGCUUGGCCUGGCUUUUACUUAAAAGCUGUAAAUUUAAAAAUGUACAAAUCUCGCGGCUUUGUAUUAAUUAAUCAGAAUAAAAUAUAUUUUCAGUAGCUGUACUAAAUUUGAUUCAAGAAAAGCAAUAAUAAAUAAAUAAAUGACUGUGACAUUUGAUCUAGUAGUUCUACAGAGUUUUGUGUAUUUAUAAAAAAAAAUAUUAUUGAGAAUAAAUUUUAUACGAGUUUUUGCUAAUUUUAAUAAUAAUAAUGUGCUAAUUAUAUCAUUUUUAGAAAUUUAUUGUGAUAUUUUGGUGUACUUUUGAUCGGAGACAAGAGAAAUUAUAAUUUUUAGAGUACGCUUAGAAACACCAAGUAAGGCUAACGUGACCUCUAUAUUUUGGCCACAAGAGCCUCAAUGCGUAUCUUAGCGAACAAUGAAUCGGAUGGAGUCAUACUAGCAAUAUCUACAUAAUCAAAUACUUGUAGAAGAAUCAGAAUAUGUUAGCGAAGGCGACAUAUUUGCAACAAUAUAUAAUUUUGUAUUGUGUCCAAAUAUUAUAAUGCAAGUAGACAGCUUUUUAACGACUCCAUUUCGAUGUAUUGCUAAAACAAAGAGGGAAAUGAACAAACAAUAUAAAAGUAAACUGAAAGGUCUAUUCAAACAUAAUCUGUAAAGGGAUGGAUUAUUAUUAAUGUGCUCAGUAUCUCAUAUAUUACAAGAAUCUUGGUUAUUCUAGUGCAUGUCCUCUAAUGGAAGCAAUCCUUGUCUACCCUUAUUGCAGUUGACAUUUUUGACAAUUUCAAACGAGAAACAUGUUGCGUCAAUUAGCGAUUGGCACAUUAUUAUCUUCUGACCAUGAUGAUAUGAUAUGUUUGAAUAGACCCUUAAGACAAACAACCGGACUCUACAAACAAUAUCGCUUUAUAUAUAAAAUAUUAUUAUUAUUAUAUAGUUAAGGGCAAAACAAACUAACAGUAUGAUGGCACUCGCAACGUUUCAAGUAUACAGUUUUUAAUAAGUGUAUUUAGUUCUAAUUGGUUCCAAGUUUGAUGUGAUGUAAUAUAACACAUUUUACUGUAAUAAAAUAAAUAAAUAAUAAUAAUUAUUGCUUGGUAAUAUAAUUAUAUUUUUGAAAUUGAUCAUUAUUGCAGUUAUUGCGUUAGUAGAAUUAAUCAUCGAUGUGUGUUUUUAUACUAGAGAAUAAUACAUGUAAUAGGUACCUGCCCAGUUGUCUCGGCCUGGCGGUAGAGUUAUUUGCAUACAAGGGAAAUGAUUUAAUAAUUCAGCUCAGCAAGGAAAACUUUCCACAAACUCUACGGCUAAGCUGGGCGUCUGCUUGGGUGCUAUUUACAAAAUGGCUUUAUAUUGCCCGUACUUAGCAAUAAAUGCGAACUACUUCCAAAAGUUUGUGAUAAUGUGUAAUCGGCCAGUAAAAGCGAUCCAAAUAAACAGCGUCACAUAAAUACGGUUAUAUUACUAAAACUGUAUUUCUGUACGCAAUUACUUACUCCGGAUGAAGCGAUUUCGUAGCCAAUGACGUGAUUGUAAGAUCAUGUGAUCAUACAAGACGUUCAUACGAUUGGUGACGCGAUUUCCUCGUAAAUCGCUUCGUCUGGACAUUUGUAUGACUCAUGUAUGUACCCACACAAGUAGAGGGUAUGUGAGUUAUCAUUGACUAUGAUUGAAUAUGGAUGUUUAUUGGUUAACUUUUACGAGAAAUAGUUUCAUGCUAGAUUUUUGUACGCAAUAAUAAUAAUAUAUUACGGCAAUGACGAUUGCAAGAUUAAUAGGAUAUGAUUAUUACAAAGAGAAUUUCAAGUUUCUCAUCUAUAUAAUUACAGUAAACAGUUCAAAUAAUUAUAUAAUAUGAUAUUUAGUCAAAUAUUCAUUGUUUAUUUAACUAAAAACCUUUGACCUACUGAAAACGGUCACAGAUUAUAUGUGUUUUUAAUGAUUAAUUUAAUAAUUCUGAAUUUUUUCUUUCAAUUUUAGUUUCAAUUACAAUUAUUAUUAUUAUUACAUUCAAAUUACUUAGAUUAAUUUAAUUACAUAAAUUAAUAUAAAUAUAAUAUUUCUGAUUGUUGCCAUUGUAAAAUUGUAUUGUUUGUUUUUAAAUGAAUAAUGGUUUUCGUAUGAUAUAAUAUGUAUGUAUAAAUUUCUUAUAAAACAAGAUAAAAAGAGAAGAAACUCUCAGAAAACGAUACGAAUCGAAUGACCUUUGGACGAACCAGUGCCGACUGCCAAAAAUGAUGAGGAAAUUGUCUUCCCAUUUCGUUCACUUCCCAAGAUGAUGACCAAAAAAAAAAUGUGUAUAAAUUGUAAAUAUAUAGUCGCAAAGCGACUAGCGCGAGAGUCGGACAGGUGUGCGAACUCCAGAGCUGCUAGUGCAAUUGUUAAGUUGGCAAACGUGACUUUAGCGUCACAUAUUUAGACAAUGACAAAUUGGUUGACCAUACAAAUUGAGAUAUUUUUUCCAUACAAAACAUGACUCAGGUGUCACGAUUGUCAAUAUUAAAAAUAUGCAGUAGCGCCUCGGUGUAAUAAACUAAGUGAUAGAAUAAUCAUAUCUUAAGUGUUUUUCGUUGUUUUUAUCUUUCUAAAAGGAUUAUCCGAGAGCAGUGCGUAUUGCUCUCUCUAUGCAGCUGUACGACACUCUCGCGCGGGCCAAUCGAGUAAUAUCUCAACACUAAAGGGAUCAUGUAGUUGUUCGCAAUUAACUUCAGUUUGACUAUCGCUUUGACGGAACGCGUAGUUUGGUAUAGAUUAGUUUAUAUUUCUUCUGAUCGGUUUAGGAGUGAUUUGGCGUGACCUGUAAGAUAGUUAAAUUCGUGCGCAGUCUAUACCCUUAUCGCGAUACACCAUAUCGUCAGAGCAGAGUGGAUCGACUUGUAUUAAUGUCUCUCAGCCAACACCUUUUAAGUGAGAAUUUGCUGAAACAAAUCAAUGAAUGAAGUAUGUGAGAUAUAAAUGCAACAAGUGUCAUUUUUACUUUCAACGAUAAAGUGUUUUAAUACUUGAAAACCUUCGAUGACGUCUAGGCGUCCAAACUCGAACUAUGGGUAUUGUAUUGGGUGUAUGAAAUGAUUGAACACUAAUUGAUCAAUAAAUUCACGAGCAAAAAAGUUUCAUGAUGCAGCAUGAUUGACAAAUCUAUUUUUUCUUGUAUACAUAUCAAUCGACAUUUGGGUGUUGGUGAUCAGUUUUUCUGUAUUUUUUGAUUAAAUGUGAAACUUGACUUCCGUAACGCUAACAUUUCGGAUAGACAAUAAUUUGAUUCCCAUUUGUGCGAGCUAAGUAAACAUGAAAAUGAAAAGCCGAAUUCGUGUGAAAUGGAAUGAGGCAAUACAGGCGUUUGUAUGUAAAAACAAACACAUAAUAUAUAUAUUUUUGGAUAAAAGUAUGUGCAAUAAUCGCUUCUGUGGUUACUAUAGGCUGUUUAUAUCAUGGAAAACGCCAAUGAUUUCGGCUUAACAUCAUGCCGAACAUCGUCAUGGUUUAUUUAAAGGCCUAAAAUCGUCAAAGUUUGAUUUAACAUAUAUUGCAAACAGUAAUUGAGUAAAUGGUUCACACAUAUUUGAACAAAACGUUCUCUAAGAUUCUUCCUUCAAUGGUCUGUAUUUACAGUCUAUAGUAUCAUGAAAGCUAUCAAUGUUAACUUGAUAUUUGUUUCGCAAACGGAAUCCAUAUAUAACAUAACACCAAAAUAUCUUUCUCUUCUAGGUUGUUUAUCAAAUUUAAGUUGUGAUUGUAAAUACAAUUAUAUAUUAUACAUUUUGUAAUGAUAUACAUGUUAGUGCCAGAUAGGUUUUUGUAUGGAAGUUUAUAGUAAGAUUGUAUAAAGUUCGUUUUGCUGGUCGCCGUGACAACAGUGCUGUGAAAUAAUUCGUGAGCUUUUUUAAGUUUCGAGGAUCAAACGUGACACGGAUGUUACGUUUUUUGUCAAUUUUGUAUGAAGCUGUCAUAUUUUCCAUACAAAAUGAGAACUUAUGUCAAAUUUUUUUUAAAUGAUUUAUUUAAAUUUAAAUGAUAGGCUAGACUCAAAAAAACUGUAUUUUGAUACGUGAUGAACGCAUAAUACUUGUACAUAAUAUAACAAUUGGAUUUUAUGAAGCCGAAAGAUACAAUUAUUUUAAGGAUCUAAACGCGUUUUAAUAAUUGUAGAAUAAUUUAUAAAAAAAACAUCGGGUUUAUUCUUUUCAAUGUAAAAUUACCAUUAGUUAAAAAUAUUGUUAAAUAUGUUAUAUAUAAAAUUGGUUAAUGAAUAUAAUAGUAUUGUUGUCACGACAGCGGGUGACGAAGUUUGCGUUCAGUUGCAAACACAAAACAAUAUGGACAAAACACAAACCAUGUAAUAUUGUUAAUAAGAAGCGAGAUGCCUUGUACAUAGUAUGUUAUAAGAUAUGUGUAGUUUUCAUUCUAUAUAUUUUAAUUUAUAAUGUAUCUAAACUAUAUUUAUAAGUAAGCGGUCAAGAAUGUAAUAAUAAAUAAGAUAAAUAAAUAAAUAAGAAAUUAUCGUGUGAAUGUAGAUAUGAGGCCUGGCGUGAUAGUGCGAGUAUUCACGGAAAAUUUAUUAUUAAUAUCACAAGAAAUAUGGUUCUUCAAUGAUUUACUAUUGUGAACGUUUUAAUAGUGAUGGUAAUUAAUGCUACAAUUUUCGUUAACUUCAUUGGCAUGCGAAUUCUCGUGUGCUAUAAGCCAGCUAAUUGCGGACAUCACAUUAAACAACGCGUUUUUAGCAAAAUAAUAAUAUACAGUUAACAAAAGUUGCGUGAAAACGAAAUCUCUUAUGCAAUAAUAAUAAUAAUCAAUUGCACAAAUAAAAAGAAUCACAAACUGCGAUUGAUUUAUUAAAUACCAAAACGAGAUUUCGUAUGCUAAUUGAUCCAACACUAUAUUUUAAGCGUUCGUAUUAGGGAAGCUUGCAGCGUUCGGUUUUAGUGUAAUUUUUUAGUGUAGAUAGAGAGCGCGAUUUUGAACAAUUCCGUAUUUACCGUAAGCUUAGUUACCUGCGGAGCACGCGAGCCGGCGUUAUACCUUAAAGUCCUUUUCAUGAAAGAAGUCCCAAAGGCACAGCGCUAAUUUUUUAAUACCUAUUGUCAUUUGUGUAGUAGGUUUUAGCCGCGGGACUUCUUUCAUGAAAAAUGGUAUCCCUAAUGGUAGUUAAUUUAUUGCGAUUUGUGUUAUGCUGCGAUCGGCUGCCUAAGGGACACUCAAUGGCUGUUCACGAUGAUUGCGACUAUCGUUUGUUUCAUACUUGAACAUUUUGAACAGUCACUGUGAAGAGGCGUGCUGACAUUAUUAUUAGUGUUUUUUUUAUUAUUGGCACGGUAACAUACAUUACUUUUUCAUCACAAUAUAGCUGUGAUAAAGCUUUGUCUUUUUUUAUAAUAAAAAUCCAAGCGUGGUACAUCACAGGGGACUAGAUAAAGCCGCCAAUUUAUCUGUGUACAAGUUAAAUUCUGAUAAUAAUAAAUAGGCUAGUUGACACUUUUUUUAAAUAGUCUUAAAUUGUUCAUUAUGUUUAAAAAAAUAUUAUAUUUUUUUGAGACGUGAUUACAUAAAAAAAAAUUUAAAAUAUUUUUGACAAUACGAGCCAAAAUGCCUGUCUAUAUUUUAACUGUUUUAUGACGUCACGUUAACAAAUCGUUUACAAACGGAGCGUUUGACAAAAAGUCAUAAACAAUUAGUUUGACGUUUAGUACAUCAAGUAACAUUAUGACGUCACAAAAUGGACGACAGCGUUUUUAUUCAUGUAAAGCUUUCACAUUGUAAAAGUGAGCUGACGCUAACAAUGCUAGCGAUCAUUUUGUUUGUCUGUCAAUUUAGCGACGACAUUGACAAAUGUCGUAGCAAUUUUGUAUGGAUUGUAAAUUAUUGUUACUUUACUACUUUAUCCAAUAUUGACAUUUCAAAGUGACACCUGGAGUCACGUUUUUUUUUUUAAUUUUUAAAAAAUUCGAUUUUAUGUUAUUAUAAUUAUUUAGGUAAAUUGAACAUUUUUUUAAUUGAAUAUUUUUUUUAAUUGAAUAAACUAUAGAAUUACAGAUAAAUUGGUGGUAAUCUAAAAUUCUAAUUACUUCGUUGUAAUUUCCAGACAAAGUUCUUUAAUGAUAAUGGCUGCUUUGAAAUCUUUAUAUUUUCUGUUCCAUUCAACAUCGGUACUUACGAUUCGCACAAAUUAUUUAAAUAUUAUAUUUUUUUUUUUAAUUUGUUAUUUAUUAUGGACGUUGUUUAAUUUAUUUGUACUGCGCAGGAUGCGAAGAUUACUUAACUUGAAAUUUGAGGUUCACGAGGCACAGUUAAGUCAGCGCACACAAAAAAACCUGGAAAAAUAAAUUAAUUUCUUACAUACUAGGCAUUGACUGCUAAAAAUACUCGUGGCGUCCUUAAUCCAGGUUUUUUUUUAUAUAACUGGUCCGGUUAUAAUGAGAUUAAAAAAAAAUUGCCAUUAAAAUAAAUAUAUAGUAAAUGUUAACUGUACAACCAUGUCAUGUGUUCCGGCAAAACCACAUCAACUCACAUUUUGUUAGACUAUAAAUCACUUUCGGACCAUUAACCUCUUAUAUUAAAAAGACGCACAAUCAUGUAGAAAAUUUCACUUAAAAACUGGCCAAUUUGGCUUUGACAGUUUCAGAAUUAUUGGUAAAGAAAAUUAAACCUAAAGGCCUUCAAAUAUAGUCCUAUAUUCAAUAAAAUUCCAAAUUCAAAGCAAAUUUAACAUUAAGAAUUGAGUUUAAGGUUGAAUUUGCAAAUACGAUUACUUGAAUUGAGUGCCAAGUGUUUGGCACUCAUUUAGUGGGGACGUUUUUUGGUCGCUGAUUGUGCAUCUACUUUUUAAUAGGAAAUCGAUGUUUAGGACCCAUCCAGGGCCUAUCCAUCUUGUUUUUGUUUUUAUUGUUCAGUUAUUUAGGUAAAUGAUAUAUAUUUUGACUAAAUACUAAUCCUUUAGAUAAUUUAUUCUAGUUACUUUGAAAUUAUGUAUUCUCAAAACUUUUGAAGCUUUAGUUUUUAAUUAGAUAAUUUAAGAUCCUUUAACCGGCCGGGUGGUGUGCGCUGGCCCUUACUCUAAUCUGCCUUAAAUAUGGCAAAAGUCUCGUGACCUUGUUUGUACUCAUUUUGUUUUAUUCUUAUUUUAGACAAGUGUUGAGUAUAAUGAUUUGAUUUAUUAUUUAUUAUAAAUUUAUCAACAUUUUUUUGUUGCAUCUCGUUUGGAAACUCGCAAGUGUACUUUUAAAUUACUCUAAUUAUUAUUAUUUUUUUUUGUUAGUUCUUAGUGUUUAAUGUCACGGUACAUAAUGUAACGAUUUGUUGCUUAAUUGAUUAUUAUUUAAGUUAAUAAAGAAAUAACGGCUCUGGUGUUAGAUUUAAUUCGAUCAAGUGUCCUUUAUAAUCUGCAAUACGAGUAAAUGGCUAGAGAAUAUUACAUAUUAUUAUACACAUAAUAAAUGUAGACUAGGUACCCAUGUUUCGGCUAAAACACGAAGUAUUCUUGCACCACAGAAUAGUCUGCUACAAUUAAAACGCCGGUUCGUAAUAUUAGUUAUUUUAAUCCGGCUUAAGUUGGGUCUAGAAUCUAUUAAAAUUCGGCAUCAAAGAAUAAUAAAGAGUUCUCAGAUUCUCGCGGCUCUUUUCACAAGAAAUUGGUAUUUUGUCGAAAGAUUUUCUACAAUUAAAUUUGCCAAAAAAAAAUAUUUUUUUUUUUUGUUUAUUUUUCCUGUAAAAUCUGCAUGAAAAUCCGGUUAGUAAGUUCGUGAACAAAAUGACAAUGUAAAAAAAUAUUUUGUGCUUUUAUACAUUAUUUCACAGUUCAAUACACAGAGCGUUUAUUGAUUUACUAAUUCAUUAAUAAAUCCAAGGCUGUGUGUGAUUAUUAAAAUUUGUCUGUGUCUAGGUAGAUUGACUGUGACAAGUAAGUAUGAAAUAAAUGCUAGAUUAUCUAUGAUCUAGUAUUUUUGUCACGGUCUAUCUACCUAUCUAGUAUAAAGGCUUCCUGGUUUUAGUCUAGACUAAACUGAAUAUUAUAUUUUAAAUAUCCGAAUUGCUGAACAAGGUGCAAUGUAUUUCGGGUUUUGGCCGUAACAAACAUAUAGAUUAAAUAAAAAUUAGCCUAUUUCGCGGCCCUGUGCGUUCUUUUGUAUUGUAAAGUUACCUCACCACGUUUCGCACGCGUCGUUACAAACUUCGGACCACAAAAAAUGUCUAUUAUGCGCUAAUCUCAAAAAUGAAUCCUAAAAUUGACGCCAAAUUCUUAACGACAUUUUUUUUUAAUUAUAAUCUUAAGAUAACUUGAACGCUGUUUGGGGAAGCGUUAGGCGGUUGUUCUAGGAAAUUGUAAAAUACUGUUUUUAUUUUGUUUUUCAUUUUCUUUAGUAACAUUUUGUGUUGAUAGCAUGUAUGAUUUGUUUUUUUUUUAUAUUUACGUUAAGAGAUAUGUAUAAAUUUUGUUUUCCUUUAAUUUUAUUAUUUUGUGUAACUAUACCCUAUGUUAUUGAUGAUAGAAUACAAUAAUUUUUAUGUAUAGUA